AAUCCAGCCCUGUUCAGCCACUCGCUUUAAUCCCAUUACGGUAAGUGCCACUCGCUAAAGUGCGGCUGCCCCAGUGAUUCAAUGGAAUUUGAUAUAUUCUACCCACUGCGCAAUCCCGAACUUCUUUCUCCCUUUCCUUCUGAACACAUCAACUUCAAGAAUCCGAUCAAGUGUCUACCACAACGAAUCCUCAACCAAAAUCCCCCAAACCAGACCACUAGGGCACCUAGCUACCCUUUUACAACUCCCCCAAAUUUGUUCAGAGAGUAUUAAACACACUCCCAGCAAACGUCGAUCAAUUUUCAAUUCGAUUCAAGCUUCUACUCAGUCAUAACUACCACACCCACCAAAUCAAUUAUCAUCAUGUCUAGCAUCGUGGAGAAAGUUUCUGACGCCGUCACCGACGUUACUGCCGCUCUUGGCAACACAUCCAUCUCUGACAAGCCCGCCGAGACCACCACUGGUGAGAAGGCAGCCAACACUACCACUGACAAGGAAGCCGUGUUGGCAAGCGCUGCAGAGGGAAGAAGACUCUACAUCGGUAACCUCGCAUAUGCGACCACCGAGGGGGAGUUGCAAGCCUUUUUCAAGGGAUACUUAAUGUAAGCAUGGAUUCUCGACUUUCACAUGUCAUCCUCAUCGUCGCCUUUUAUUUCUCUCGAAAAAUCAUCGUCUUGCUUCAAAUCUAGCAAGUUACAGGAAGUUGCGGAUAUCUUUUGCCCCUUCCAGAUAUGUCCAAUUUGUACAACCUUUACUACACGAGCUAACAUUCUUUACACAGUGAAUCCACCUCUAUCCCAAAGAACCCACGUACUGACCGCCCAGUCGGAUAUGCUUUCGUCGACCUUUCUACCCCAACUGAGGCCGAACGUGCUAUCUCUGAGCUUUCUGGAAAGGACAUCCUUGACCGCAAGGUCUCUGUCCAACUUGCUCGCAAGCCAGAGACAAAUGACAAGACCGAGGGUGCUGCAAGCGGAGGAGAGGGACAAUCUGGCAAUGAAGGUGGACGCCGCAGACAAUCUGGUCGAGGACGUGGUCGUGCCCGUGGACGUGGAGGACGCCGUGGCAAUGCUGUAAGUUUUUGAAAGUCUGGAUCUUGGUCCUUAUUUAGUCACUAACAUACAUAAACUUAGUCCCGUACUGAUGAGAGCGCUACUGAGGCCCCUGCCGCCACUUCCGAGGUUCUUCCUUUGACCGAAACCACAAACCAGGCUACUACCGAGAGCAAGGAGGCCAAGUCACAAAACACUCGUGCUCCCCGCGAGCGUCGUGAGCGUGGUCCUCCAGCUGAUGGAAUUCCUUCCAAGAACAAGGUCAUGGUUGCUAACCUUCCAUAUGAUCUCCACGAGGACAAGGUAUGUUUGAAAUUAACUUCUGUCAAAACAAUUUACUGACAGCCUCGUAGCUCAAGGAACUCUUCUCUAUCUAUGAGCCAACCUCUGCCAAGAUCGCCCUUCGCCCAAUCCCCCGUUUUAUGGUAAAGAAGCUCCAAGCCCGUGGUGAACCCCGCAAGGGACGUGGCUUCGGCUUUGUCACUCUUUCCAGUGAGGAACAACAACAAAAGGCCGUUGCUGAAAUGAACGGAAAGGAAAUCGAAGGUCGUGAGAUCGCCGUCAAGGUCGCUAUCGACAGCCCAGACAAGACCGAUGAUGAUGUCAACGCAAACGCUGCUAAUGCUACUGCUGAGACUGCCGCUGCUCCACCAGCCGGUGCUGAAACCGUUUCUGCUUAGGCAGUAAACAUUGUAUGAUGUGAAUGAGAGGAGAGUUCUGCAACCCUGCAGACGAUAGACUAAUGCAUUGCUAUGCGUUGCUUUUGGACCAUUGUCGGCGCGUUGUGGGAGCUCUCGGGAAAAGUAUGGAUUUGUUCCUUUGAUAUUCAAUGGAUCGACCCUUUUCUUGACGAUUUUCUUUUAGGUGGACAUAUGAAUACUAACUAAGUGGACUUGGUGGUGGCGUCUAAAUAGAUAUUGGGCUUUUACGCUCUUUUCUUUCGACAGACUUCACUUCCCAUUCCCGAGCAGGGAUUCAUAGUUCUUCAUGACUCUUUUUUCAAACACUAUGUCUUAUUACAAUUUUGCUGGCAUUCUCUGGGUGUACACUAGAUUUUUUCUGACGUGCUUCCAUAUGGGAUGGGUGGGCAUGGAAAAGUUAUUGAUUAAUGAUUGAUGACAACGCUAUCAUUAUCGAUGAUAAUAAAGUGGACGAUUUUACCAGCAGAAUUAU